AUAUAAUAGAGAAAAUAGAGAUUUGAUCACCGCAGCAUCGUGACUUGUGAGCACUAAACAAUGCAAUGUACUUCUUCAUAUACCAUGGAAGAUACUUCUUCAUAUACCAUGGAAGAGGAUAUUAAUUCAGUGAAAAAAUGUAAUCAUCAAAGCUGUAAAAGCAAAGAAAAGCCUGGUAUAAGAAAACUUUUCAGGAAUGCUUGGCGUAGAAUGAAGAUUGUGAGUGGUGGAAGCAAUCGCAGAGAAUCAGAUAAUGAUGACACACACUUAUAUCGUUGCCAAGACGACUACCGACAUUCUGCAGGACGUAGCAAACUGAAUUGUGCACACGUCCACGUUAUAACAGUACGAGCCAAUCCAACUCAGCGUUGCGGGGAAGAUAGAACCGGAAAUAGACACGGUUUCACGAGAGUCUCGUUUGGCGAGCUGAAAAAAGCGAAGCUUGUGGCCAAAGGAGUGAAUCACGCGAUGCACUCGAGACCCAGGAAAUAAAAGCGGAAAUUGUAGAGCUCAGUAAAAUUCCGGUGAAAAAAAAUUCACACGUAUGUGAAGUCAAAUUAUUCGAAAAAAAUAUCUAACUAAUUGUAAGAUAUUCAACUAAAGACAUUUAACUCACUCUGGAACAUAUUUUAAAAUAUAGUUUUUAAGAUUUUAAUUUAAAGUUAUCCAGAAACUUAAAUUUCAAAUAAUUUGAUAACAGUUAAAAAUUUUAGUUUUGAAUUUGCAACUUUGUACUAUCAUAAAAGAUAAAAAUUUGUUUCAUGUGAAUAUUUCAAUCAAUUUAUUCAGGGAAUACAAAUUGCACUUAACUUUCAGAAAAUAAUAUGCACUCUCGCGAUGAAGAAAUAGGGAAUAGAUAUUUUUCUCAAAAAGGGUUGGAAAUUUAUUGUCGGUUGUUGUUAUUGGAUAAAUUUUCUAAAUUAAAAUUAAACAAAAAUAUGUAUAAUUAUUAUUUAUAUGUAUAUUAUUAUUUAUAAUUAUACAUAUUGUCCGGCAUAUUGUUUAAAUCUCACGCAAGAAAAAUUUAAUUUAUUUCAUGUAAUAUAUUUUUACCAAUCUUUUUCGGUUUUAAUUUGAUUUAAAGACAUGAGAAUCAUAAAUUACUAGAAGAGAUUUGGAAAACGAUACUCCAUUGUAAGAUAAUGGAAGUACCCCUUUAUUCGAUGAAACGUUUUCAUCAAGUGAAACAGGGCAGCUUUGAUAUAGCAAGUUUCGUAGACUUACCUUUUAAAAGAUGCAAGAAGCAAACUUUCAUCGUGUCAUUACUGUUAAAUGACGUAAAUGAAGAUGGCGAAGUUUGAUUUUGUACUCUGCAGAGUCUCAUAAUUAAUUACUACUUUCUCUAUUCUUAUGUAUCUUCGCUUUUGUAUUUGUUCUUUUACAUAAUAUAUUAACAGAUACACUCAAAUAUGUAAUAAUUUGGUAUUCUUUAAUAAAUUUUAUGCAAUUUAAUAAAUUUAAAUUGUUAAGUGAUUUCUAAAAUGAGUAUGAAAAUUUUCGAUGGCUACAUGCGUCGAAAACGAGAACGAAAUAUCUGUGCCUAGUAUCGGAAAUCGGGUCGGAUUGAACUCUUUACAUGGUUUCACAUUUCAGUUCGGAAAUAUAGCUACAAAUCAGAAAUCUUACUGAGAUUUUAUUGAUAUAAUAUCUAUCGUGAUAUUUUCCUGCAAAUCGCAAAAUAUGACUGUUCCUUUUUUAUUCGAUAUUCAUAAAUUGUAAAGCUUA